AUGGAUAGUACAUAUGCACCGCAAAGCCCUGACCUCUCGAGCUUCAUGUCUUCCCCUCCAAGUACACAACAACAGCCCUACAACUACAAAUACAGCUGCAACUUCGGCUCGGACUCGAUCAUAUCAACGCCCUAUGCGCCGUGCUCGCUGGCUCUCACUGCGUUCUCGAGUCCCGACUGCCAACCACCAUACCAAAACCCCAACUGGAACCAGCUCGCGUACACGCAGAACACGAACGCGUUCGCUAUCGACGGCGCAACAGAGCUUGCAGAGUACGGAGCUAGCCCUGCCCAGUAUAUGCCCCCAAUACCUCCGCUCCCAAUGAGCCAUUCUUUCUCUCCCCUAGCUGGCCAGCAGCAGCAGCAGCAGCAGCAGCAACAGCAGCAGCAGCCCCUAAACACUCAAUACUUCCAACCAGCCCAGAAGCGCCCGCAGCGCCAGGCCCGAAAUAACAUCACAUCCUACAACGAGGACUUCGAUUCGGGCGAGCAAGACCAAUACCAAUACCAAUACCAAGAAGACCGAAAGCAGGAAUUCCUCGCCUCCGCUCCUCAGGCCGCCAUGUCUGCCCGCGGCUCUCGCGUCUCGGGCAUCGCGACCAUGAGCGCGAGCAUGCAGCACGCCCCCGCGUACAAGGACCCCAAUCCGCAUAAUAUCGAGAUCAAGACCAAGUUCCCCGUUGCCCGCAUCAAGCGCAUCAUGCAGGCGGACGAGGAAGUGGGCAAGGUCGCGCAAGUCACGCCCGUCGCGGUUUCCAAGGCGCUCGAGCUGUUCAUGAUUGCGUUGGUCGGGGGCGCGGCGGAGAAGGCGAAGGAGAAGGGCGGCAAGAAGGUGACGGCGCAACACCUGAAGGCCGUGGUUUUGGGCGCGCCGGAGCAGUUCGAUUUCUUGGCGGAGAUUGUGGGCAAGAUUGGAGAAGCAGCCGAGGGUGCCGGGGGCGAGGGGAAGAAGAGGAAGGAGAAGGCUGAGAAGGAGAGCGAGAGUAGUGACGAGGAGAAGAAGGUUAAGAAGGGACGGGGCGGACGGAAGAAAAAGGGUGGUGAUUAA